AGUGGCGGUGUUUGCUUUGGCCAUAGCUACCGAGGAGCUGCCGCAGUUUUCCGCAAACUUCCGAGUGUGUUACAUGUGUGUUUGCUGCUGCUGGCCAAUCCAGCAACAUCUGCAUCCCAACUCGGUACGGACAGUUGUCCAGUUCAAGUAUUGGGCAAAUAUUGUGAUUUUAAAAUUUCCGCGAUGUAUCCAAAUUCUGUGUUCUAAUCGUGAAAAAGCAUUUGUUUUUGGAUCUGGUAUAUCCUGAUAGACCAGUACAAAAAAUUUUCAAGCCAUUGCCGAAUUUGGCACAAUAUAGUGUAUACAGAAAAAAAGAAGUGCAGAGAUCAUAUCAAAACAAGAGAACUGCAUGACACCGUUUCGACAUACACACACAGUCCUCUGCAAAAGCGCUGGAAAAAUCAAUGCGAUAACAUCCUGUGUCAACUGUGAGAAAUGCAGUAAAACACCACGACAGGAGAUGCGUGCGUCGUGUGAGCGGAGAAAAAAUCGAUAUCUUUAAACGGGGGUAUAUCAACAAGCAGCAUCCGGAGCAGGAGAAGCGCGGCCCGAGAAGAACACAUGUGUAUAAUUUUCAUCCUAUCUCGGCAGGAUUGAGUCGCUCUUCAAGGCUGUUCGUACGAAUACAGCCGAUCAUAUCACAGCUACCAAUCAAAACCUUCCAAAUCAACUCAUCCCAAAUAGCAGCCGAGUGUUGAAAAAGUUAACCGGGUAAAAAUUGUAUAAAAGUGAUCGGAAAAAUUAAAGAGCGCAGUGCGUGAAUGAACAAGAAAACGUCGAGAAAGAAGCAGUGAAAGUCAAGGCUGCCGAAAACAUUUGCCAGGACAGAGCAGAAGCCACGAGUAAUCCACCGGAGGUGAACAGCACGGUAACUUCACCCUUCAAUUGCUAGCACGGUGCUCCGGUACAAUUGACGAGGACUCAUCUGUUUGGAGACAAUUCAUAUUCGCUAAAAGCACAAUGACGUAUGGUAUUCGUUGGACUGUUUGAACUUGAAACAUCUACUAGUGUGUGGGCGCAAGCUGAACGGAUUCUCCAGCUUGGACCUGUUUAUUAUGCCUAUAUCGGACAAACCCCGAUUGAAUCAUCCGUUGAAUGCCAAAAAGCCAACGCCUGCCGCACCGAAUCCGUGGGUAACAGGUGGCCCUCCCGGCGGCAAGGACGCCGUCCUGGUGUUCCGAACGAGUGCCCUCUCCCCGGUCAGCACUAGUGGCGAUGGAUCGGACAGUUUGUCCUCGGGCGCGGGCUCCUUCACGCCCGACUCGGCCUCAGCUGCCUCGAGUUCCACGGCAGACCCAACCAAACAACCUGCCCGAAUCCUCCCUAGCGAUAAGUUAGCCAAUAACUCGAAAGUACUCGCGACACUGCCUAAAAACUUUAACGUUCAACGAAAAUCAAAUAGUAUUAGUAGCACCACUAGCAAUAGCAACGAUGACGAGGACGACGACGACGAUGAUGAGGACGAGGACGAGGACGAGGAAGAAGGCGAGGCGGAAGCGGAGGAAGAGGACGAGUAUAACGAUGAGGUAGGUGCGUCGAGCUCAAGUGUUGGGAAGAAAUCCAAAAAACGCCACUUGGAAUCAUCCAGCUCGUCCAGCUCGUUGAGUAACACCAGCCGGGAUGGUGACGAACCCGAGUCUGAUCUUCCCACGUCGAAAUCGGAACCACUGCUGGCCGUGGUCGAGAAAAAGCUCUCCCGGAAGAGCAUAGAAAACAAGGAAAACCAAAGCAUAGCUAAGGCGGAGAUGCCAGCUGCUCAACUGAACAUUUACUAUAAGUUCAUCAACACCGAGACGCGGUUGCUGCGGAAGAUUCUCAACGCCCACGGUAUGGGUGAGAGUGGAUCCGACAGUAACGAUUUCAAUCUGCUCUGGACCGGUAUUCACCUGAAGCCGGAUAUACUCCGGAAUCUGGCGCCCUACCAGCGGGUGAAUCACUUUCCUAGGUCUUACGAGCUGACGCGGAAGGAUCGUCUCUACAAGAAUAUCGAACGGAUGCAACAUCUGCGCGGGCUGAAGCAUUUCGAUAUUGUGCCCCAGUCUUUCUUACUGCCACAGGACUACAAGGAACUAAUCGCUGCCCACAACAAAUGCCGCGGACCGUGGAUCGUGAAACCGGCCGCAUCCAGCAGGGGACGCGGCAUAUUCAUCGUGAAUUCGCCGGAUCAGAUAGCUUCGUACGAGCAGGUGGUGGUGGCCAAAUACAUCACCGAUCCGCUCUGCAUCGAUGGGCAUAAGUGCGACAUCCGGCUGUACGUAGCCGUGACGUCGUUCGAUCCGCUAAUCAUAUACAUCUACGAGGAGGGUCUCGUCCGGUUGGCAACAGUGAAGUACGACCGAACGACGGAGAACCUGUGGAACCCAUGCAUGCAUCUGUGCAACUACAGCAUCAACAAGUACCACACAGAUUACAUCAAGUCGAACAAUGCCGGCGACGAGGAUGUGGGUCACAAGUGGACCCUCAGUGCAUUGCUGAGGCACUUGCGCAGUCAGGGCUGCAAUACGGAGCAGUUGAUGUUGAACAUCGAGGAUCUGAUUAUCAAAGCAAUCUUCUCGUGUACCCAGCCGAUCGUGUCGGCAUGUCGAAUGUUUGUGCCCAACGUUGGCAACUGUUUCGAACUGUACGGUUUCGAUAUUUUGAUAGACGACACGCUGAAACCGUGGCUGUUGGAGAUUAAUCUCUCCCCUUCGUUGGGCUGUGAUACUCCGCUUGACACAAAAGUGAAAGCAUGUCUACUGACAGACCUCCUGACGAUGGUUGGCAUUCCGGCGAUUAGUCCGCUUCAGAAGGCCUGCUACGAUAGCAAGGGACAGAAGAUUAGGAAUCUGUCCACCCCGUAUCGGAGAGUGAAUUCGGCUGAUUUCGUACACAGCACUGGUACCGGUGGCAAGAAAGAUCACCCCCAGCAGGCGGAGCCGACGAAGAAGCUACAAACAACUCUCAGCGCUUUAACGGCUGAGGAGCUGAAGAUCGUGCGUUUCGCACGGUCACAAUACGAACGACGGGGAGGGUUUGUGCGUAUUUUCCCCACCAGCGACAGCAUGUCCCGCUAUGCGGCGUUUUUGGACCCCGUCACGGGGAUACCCACAUCAGCAAUCACUUCGUCCGGCAGCGGCACAUAUCUCAUGAUCAUUCCGCACAACUACAAUCAGAUGCUGCACACUCAACUGUUUCCGCAGGGUAGUGAGAGCGAGAAUCGGAUCAUCCAUCGCAUCCAGAAGUACGAACGGGCGUUGGAAAGUUCCCUCCCGAUAACGAUUGGGCCGAAACAUACCGCCCCAAAGUGUGUGGAUGAGGCGAAGAAGUUGCGAUUGCAGAUUAGGAAAUUAAUCGAGAAUGGUCACGAGCUGAGCAUUCUUCAGGCCAGACGUGCCUUCGGGCUCUAUCUGGAGUACAUUCUCAAGCGUCUUUCGUCGGAGCCGAAGCAUAGCCACGAGGAGCUGGUGAUGAAGUUUCUUUACCGCGUUGGAGCCCAUCUGAAGACGCCUUUUUUCUUUCGAAAUUUCGGCAACAAGGCACUCGGGAAGGAUCGUGGCGCCAUGGUAGCAAAGCAGCUGGGAGACUAUCUGCAUCUGUUCAACAAGGAGUCGGAAGCGUUCGUGGACAGUUUCGACAUGGUCGGAAUGGUUCCGAUCAAGCUGUUCAACGACUUUCUGAUGCAAGCCAGCGAGGCGGAUGUGGAAUCGGUGCUCACGCUGCACACCAACCUGACCCAAACGAUGCCCUUCCUGUACAGCGGGUGUUCCUCCAGUAUACCACCGGCGCCACCCAUCCCGGUAGGAGCGCAUGGCUUUCUCAAGGCACUGCCAUGCAUGGCCCCCGGUGGGGCCAACAAGGAGCUUAUCCGGCUCGAUCCGUACUUCAAGGGAUCGAGCGAGCCGAGAGCCAGCAGGGUGGGGCUCGGUACCGUCGGCCGGUCCGAUUUCCGGACAGACAAGAGCACGCGGCUGUCGCCGAUCAAGAAGAAGCCGCCAGUUGGGAGCAUGGUGAAAUCAUCGCGGGAGAGAGACCAACGGUCGAAUUGGCUGUACUAGAUAGAGUGCUGCCUAUCGUUUCAAAUUGUGUUGAUCAAUGAAAUUAACGUGUUAUUUUUUUCCGUGGAGAAGGUGCUUCCUAUUGGUGUGAAACAAACGAAGUGAAAUUUUUGGUAAGAAAAGAAUUUUGAUUCACAUCGUUCGAAUAUAAAUGCUCGAAUACCGGACUAAUAAUGGUAAAAUGGUUGCACUUUCUCCCAAAACUGAGUUUACAUGGUCCAGUUUUGGUUUUUUAAAACUUUAGAUUUUACGGCAAACAUGUGAAUCUUUUGAUAAGUCGCCGAGAAUCAAAGAAAAAGAAGAAGGGUAACAAAACAAAACUAAACGUACACCAAAUCUAUUUUUAUAAGAUGUCGUAUUCUACACACAGCUGAUUGAUUUCCAACGACAAUUUACAGUAUGUAAAAAAAGUUCAUCCAUCCUCAGUCAAUUUUAACAUUUCCUUCAGACUAUCAUCCAAAAUUGUUGCGAAUCGAGGAAGUAAUCGUGGGGAGGACACUGAUUUCUGACAGCUUUAUUUUUGAUGACUAAACUACUAUAAUUUUAAAUUGUAUAACACUCAUGUGGUUUAAGGUUUAAGUGCGGCUAAUAACUUACAAUUCAGUGGACAUAGUAGAUAUGGCCCGAAUUACUCCUCUCUAUCUUAUUAGCUCCUAUCGUUACCUGACGUAUAUGGUUCUAACAAUCAACAAAAACGUUUCACAAGUCUUUUCACAGCAGACCGUUUGAAAUAUUGCUCUCGAGAUGACGUGCUUUUGCGAGAUUUGUGUCGGCUUCCUCUGGUCGAGAAGGAUCUUUCGCCAAUGUUAUUGAUUUCUCGGCUGCUGUGGCUACAAAAAUGAUUAUUAUUUUUCUAUCGGUGUUGCUUGGAUUGUGUUUCCAAAUCAUCAAUUCAUCAAUUUUAAAACUAAUCGAUGAAUUUGUGCCGUAUUUUGCUGAUAGAGUAGACAAACUCAUAGAGUAUGACUUUAUUUACAAACAGCAGUCUGCUUUUUUUUGCGAAAUUAAAAAAAAAUCUUUGACCCAAGGAGAAAUAAAAGUAACUUCUGAUUUUGCAGAGAAUUAUUCAUUCAUAAUUCAAAAUGCGGCACAGGGUUAUCACUGGAAUAACUCGCGAGCAACUAUUCACCCAUUUGAAAUAUACUACAAAAAAGAUGGUAAACUAGAAAACGUAAGCGAGGCUCGUGCAUGGUUUGGACGGAAUUCUGUGCAACCGAAAAGCUCAAAAUGGCUUUCACAUCAUUCAAGGAUUACGCAAAUGUUCUGGAUUUCUCUCUCCUACCAUUUCUGUGUGGAUAUCGUCACAAAAAUUUCACAUUCCAGCAAAACAGUGCUACUAUUCUUACCAGCAAGUAAACUAAGCAAUGGAUUAAGGACCAAAAACUAUUUUUUUGGACUGGUCGGCUCGCUCUCCCGACUUGAAUUCUGUUGAAAAUCUUAGGGGGGAUCCUUGUACGCAGAAUCUACACUGAGGGAAAUCGGUACACCACGACUGAAGAGCUCAAAGUCGCAAUUUCGAAAAAAUGGAAAAAUAUCGAGAAAUCCGUUCAGCAGAAUUUGGUAAAUACACCCAAAAUUGAUUUUUAGCUCAUGUUUUGUCAUCCCGAUUUAUGACAUUAAAUGAGAGACAUAACAUAACAGAAAAUGUCAUGACUCACAAAUACUGGUAAGCAUUUGUGUAAUAUACAUGGUACAGCAAUAUAUAAAAUAUACAAAAUAUAUAAAAUAUAUACAAAAAAUAUACGAAAGACAAAUAAGCUUUCCGCAUACUUUGCCACAUACACGGCCCAGACCGAGAUAGAUAUUGUUCUCCUUCAUGCGCUCCUUUUUACUCUUAGGAAACACUUCCCAACUUCAUUUUUUAAUCAGGUGCAAUAAUAUCACGUAUUUGCUGAACAACUACUGAAGCAUCAUUAGCCAUGUGGAUAGCGUGGUCGUGUAAAAUAGCUUUGCAUUCCAGCCGGCCUUGGUUCGAUCCCCAUUGACGUCCUAUGGACUCUUUUCUUGCACAAUCCCAAAUGAAAUGAGAAAAGAAAACAGAAAGAGAUGUCUGCACGCAUACGAACCAUUUUUAAACUUUUAAAACAGCUCAUUAUUUGCGCAUUUGACUCUCCAGCACAGUAAAUGGUAUCAUUUCUGCCAAAGAUGAAAUGUUUUCUGCCAACGCUAGUUUGGGUGUAGUAUUCCAACACGAAUUCUCGAGGUCAUUAGUCGAAUUGGCAAGGUUACCAAUUAUUGGCAUGUAAAUCAGCCGAUCGUUUUGAAUUUUUCAUUGAUAAUACUUAUGAAUUUUGAAGUGGUCUUAUAGAAACUGGACAGCUGAAAUUAUCAUAUUUAAGCACAAUAAAUAAACAAAUAACUCUUUUGAACGGAAUUGACGUUAAAUAUACUUUAUUAUAAGCAUUCAACAAUGUAUGAAUGUAUCUAGUUGAAAUUUUAACUGUUUGUGUUGCAACGAGAUAAAAUCAGGGUCGUCUUAUAGAAGUUUUACAGAGUGUAUGUAUAAAAGGGAAGACAGCUCAUUGCAAGCGAGAUGUAAGAUGAUGUUUGAUGUAAUAGGAGGAUUACAUUCACCCUCCACACAUCAUUUAUCUUAAAAAAAACCUAAACUCAGGGAUAGAUAGUUCAUUGUGCUGUCGAAUACAUGAUCAAAUGUUUACUUUAAACCUGCUGGAUUUUAAAAUGCUAUCCGCCGUUACCCACUCUGGCGUAUACUUUAAACGGAAUGCGUAGCAUCGUUAUAUACAUAUACAUUCAAUUCCUCCCGAUAACUUAUUCCAUUUGCAGAUGCUGUGAUCAUGGUUUUUUUACCGGCUUCAUGCAGUUCUCUGCUAUACUGAUUUACUGAAGAUAUAAUGAUUUCGAAAAGUGGCAUUUAUACCACGUUGGAGACAGUAUUGCACAUAGUCUUCUCUAUUCAAGGAAGACGGCUGUUUUCAUGAUUUCUGGGUAGUUCUCCUCAUCCAAGCUUCUUCGUGUAUGUUCGCCAAUUUAGAGCGAUAUUCCAUAAUAAACAACACCGAUAUGCCCCCGAAUUUAAAGUGGGGGCUGUUGAAGUUCAGCCGAUGAUCUCCCAUUUAUCAUGUGGGACAAAAACACGUUCCAUUGGAAUGGGUUUCUCAGUUCUACCGGUGAUUGCGCAAAAAUGAAAUGACUUCGUCCAUUCCUCCGCAUCUUUCGUCAUACAUGUUUAUCAAACUCGCUCUCUCAAAAUAUUUUCAAAACCCAUUACGUUUUUCGCGUAAAGAUUUCGAUCCAUCAUCGUAUAAAAUUACCACAUCUAUCAAACGCGGUCGUCAUUCUUUCUAACCAUCACGAUCAUCUCAAUCCGCUACUUGAAUAAGAAACGCGGUCGUCCCGAUUCGCUACAAACGCUCAAAUAGCGGUGUUCUCGAUCCGCCACAAACAUGCGAAGCACGGUCGUCUCGAUUCGUUACAAACUCUGUGGUCGUUUCGAUUCGCUACAAAUAUUCAAAGAACGGUUGUCACGAUCCGUUACAAAAUCUGCGAUCGUCUCGAUCCGCUACAAACUGUGGUCGUCUCGGUCCGCUACAAACUCUGCGGUCAUCUCGAUCCGCUACAAACUCUGCGGUCGUCUCGAUCCGAUACAAACAUUUAAAGCAUGGUCGUCCCGAUCCGUUACUAACUCUGCGGUCGUCUCGAUUAGCUACAAACAUUUAAAGCAUGGUCGUCUCAAUCCGUUACAAACUUGGGGGUCGUAUCGAUCUGCUACUAACUCUGCGGUCGUCUCAAUACUGCCGGUUUUCCAAACAUUAACAGUUUAACUCAACCGCAAAAUUGUAGUCGAAAAAAAAACAACCGUAUCACGAAAACCGAACUAAAUUUAGUAAAAUAUAGGUGGCAGGGCUGCGUUGCAUAGCAACACGCUUCAUAUUUCAUCGCUACUUCAUGUUCCACCAGGCAUCAUCUUCCACUCCUCUUCGAGGUUAUCUUCAUUAUUCAGCUGUUUUGUAGAGACCUUCGGUUUCUGUUGAAACUAACAUUUUCCGCUCUCGCAAUUUUCCAUUGUUUAUCUAGUUUAUUUACCGACGUUAUCGACAACUUUGACACAGAGUAACUUGAUUGUCACCGGAUUGAUUACCGGCACUUAUUCUAUUCGCAAAAACUAUUCUGUAAACGUUGAAAUCGAAAUCCUUACAAACGUCGAUUGAAAUGUCUGCAACAUCUGGCGAGCGGGCUAUUAUAGUCAUUGUCAGUACAAUAUCUGGGAACCCGUAAGAGGCUGGUAUGGCGAAGCCGGCGGGCUGGAGAAUGAAGAUUGGUCUCCUGUAGCAGCCUACCGCUGUCUAUAUAGUCACGAAUUGUGUCAAAAACGGAGAGUCCCUGUAGGAAGUCUCGGCGACUCGAUGCCUUUUUGGAAAUGAAUGAGCGCCAGGACGCACUCCUUAUUCAAGAACAGUACGAACCAACCACUCAGAUAAUGUUUUAGAGCGUAACGUUGUCGAAUUACACAGUGUUGCGGCGUAGAAAUACAAGCAUGGCGUUAGCUUUCGCGAACGAUAUAGAUAUGUGUUCGUUGAAUCGUAGUUUGCUGUCCAGGACCAGUACAAGUUCGUUUAUGGAAUCAACUCUUGCAAGAGUCAACUGGUUCAUCGAGUACUCAAAUUUGAACUGCGACUGACCAAUCUAGCAUCUUGUUGAUCGCACGGUUAACUGACCACUUAGGUCACGCACGUCGUGAUUAAAAAGAACAAAGAUCAAAGGUCCCAAUUGACUGCCUGGCGGAACACCCGACGGUAUUGAGAAGAUCUCAGAAAAACUUAACGAAGGUCUUUGUGGAUAAUAUAUAUGAUUCUAGCCAGCAAACAAUCCACGGAGGUAGACCAUUCAGUUUUGAGACGGCGAGAUUGUGAGGUGCUUUAACGAAAGCCUUCGGAAAGUCUAUGGACAUGGCGUCUUUUUAUUGACACUUUUUAUUGAUGCUGUGAGUAGCUGCACUUUUUCAUAAAUCCAUGUGAAAAUUCGAGAUUAUUGAUCGAACAUCUGUCACGCAAAAGACUUUCAAACACCUUACCCGAACAGCUAAGGAUCGAAAUGAGGUGUUAAAUUUUCCACGCUGUGCGUAUUACAAGCUCUAAAGCAACACAGGAAGAGCGAUUCGUGUAAAAGGAUGACUUGCUCGAGAUUAUCGCGAUUCUCAAGAUGUACGGCUUUGCAAUUGCAAUCAGAAGACUGAUUCGACACCACCGCCACGUCAGAAUGCACUAGUGCGAGGAUUCCAGUCACAACGGUAGAUGGAGCAGUUUUCAGCGAGCUCAGCAUUCGAGAUGCUCACAACGUCCUUGAGACGCUUAUUUUCCCAGCGAUGCAUUCAUUCGUCUAAAACAGCGAUACUCAACCUUUUUCUCAUAGGGGCCACAAACACGUGUUAGUCAUGCUGCAGCGGGCCCCAAAGAAGAAAAAGAUGAAGAAAAAAAAGAAAAAGAUGAAUGAAGGAGGGUGAUGUUCAAGACACGACCGCACUGUUAACAUAGAGCUACGAAAUUAUUACCGGUGAGCACAAACAUUGAAGAAAUUUAAUAAUAAAACUCUUUGAUACAAAUAUGUGAUAGCAAUGACAUAGCAAUGCGGAGCGCGAACGUUUCACGAAGCAAUUUGAGUAGAUUGUCAAAUUAAUUCUAAACAUCAAAAUGUUGCUCACUGUCUAGAGCACUGAAACUGGAAUACUGAGUUUCUCGAAUAUCAAAGUAGUUUUUCAGUAUCUCCUAGCAAAAUUACAUCUCCAACCCAGAACGAAACAUCUUAGCAGAUCCAGAACAGUAACAGAAAAUCCGAACCGAACCUAUUAUACAACCUAUUAUAAGAACCUUAUUAUAAGCAAUACUAUCGAAUCAAAAUUUCUGCUUCAGUUUUUCACCGAAGAACACAACUCUCAACGUUGAAAAAUACCUUACGUUACUUCCAACCCGAAAACAAUGAACUCACGAAAGUUUAAUGAUCGAUUGAAAAAAUCACAAAUUAGUCAUUCAAGAUUUAUCAUUCAUCCAAGUAGCAAGGCUUUCCAAACAGUAUUUCACAAGACCGGGUUGUUUGAUUUGGUAUUUCAAAUUGAUCUUUUUCAAGGCUAGCGGUGAAAAAAAUGGGAAACUUUAAAUCUUCUACAAUUCAAAACAACAUCAUUACACCAAUAAAUCCAUACACACUCCUGAAUUCACAGAAGCUCUCUUCAGGCGAACAUGAAUAUUCAAUAGAUUAGAAUGCAUCGAAAACUCUUAAACAACUCUUCAGUCGAAAAUUUUAGUGGCCCUGAGAAGGACCGAUGGGUUUGUUUUGUUUUGUACACGCAGCUGAAAAUGGUUGAUUAAUGAUUCAUUUUUGUCCUCGCGAGAGCAGUACACGCACUCAGAACAAUACACGUAACGCAUUUAGUAUUUAUCGCGGUAUUUUUCCCUUACUACAUAUUAUAUCUUUAUCCCAUACUACCGUUAUCUAUUUGAUAACGCAUAACGCUUGAAAUCAACAAUUCGUACAAUCUCCACGGUAUGGAAACCGACGGGGUACCUUCUAUUUAAUAUUUUUCUUCUGCUUUGAUUCCGCUGUAUACAAUACUUGCUUCUUGCAUAUUCUAAAGAUGCUUUCUUAAGCGAAAAAAAUUGUUCAACACAGCCACAGCCAACGACAUGCAUCGACAAAUCUUGACUAAGAUGAACUUUCAAACAGGUACUCAUAUUUAUACGCUGCAGUUUUGAGAUAUUGAAACAAGUUUUUGGGUCAAUUAGUAAACAGCAUUACUCAUACACCUUUCAUCUUCCGAAUGAAGUGAUUGACAUACCACUUUGUACAACUGACAGAGGUGUUAGCGCUUGAAACUUUGCACUCCAAACGUAACGCUCUUGUUUCAGAAAUUUUAAACUUACACCCCAGUACAGAUUUAAAUGUGAUGUGAUGCAAAAAUACAGAGGAACUCUUCACCAGACGGCAUACAAAUCGACGUGGUGUCCCAAAAAAAUUGCACCAUACAGUGCGAUAUCUAUCAUUCAUUCUUCCUUAGAAUCGAGCAAAACCAUUGUGUGUGACAUCAGCAUUGGAAAGACUGCUGUUUGAUAGCUGGAGCGAGACGACUUGAAUGAUGAUGGUGAUGAUGAUGUUUCGAAUUAUAGAGGCUUUCAAAUUCAUCAGUUCAUUCGCCUCUAGCCUUGUAAAAGACCAAUUUGGGAAACUCUACUGAACACUCCCGUCUGGUCGCUAGCUAGAUGAUUGAUGAAUUGUGAAUACUGUGUUUUGAAAUCGUGAAUGGCUUGUUUAUACUUAAUGACUAGAAUACGGGGGAGCUAAGAAUGCAAUAUUAUCUCCAUCCACAUUGUCCGUAGAAAGAAAGCUGCAAUUGAAUUUCAAGCGACCAAUUUACGUCUGUUUUAUUAGCAGUGAUAUCUGAAUAUUGAACCUUCCUCAUACAUACUCGGCCACAAGAACACGAUAGGAAAAAUUGUUUUCUUCCAAUUUUCCUUAAUUUGACCCUUUAACGAGCCGUGAGAACUAGGCAUGUAAUCAACGCAAAUUCCAAUACAACGACAUGUUAGCAUGCUAAAAUACACAAAAUACUUUUUUUAAUACGUGAAACAAUUAAAAACAUUGAAAAAAUUGGUGGCAAUAUAGUUGCCACCUACCCAGGUAGCGUAAAAUGUUGGUGGUAAUAUAGAUGCCACCUGCCCGUCUAGCUGGAAACACUUGAUGGUGAAAAUAAUUUUUUUGUAUUUAAAUUUUUGAUGAUAGUUUCAACAAAAACAACUAAUAAAACUCAUGAUCAGACUCAGCAGGUCCUAAACGAUUAAUAUACAUUGAAAACUUCAGCAAAAUGACUGUUUUUCAAUGACUUUACGGGAAAUUUGCUCGGGCUGCUCUAAAUUGGGAGUUGUUAACACAAAAAUGGCUCAAAAAUGAAUAGUUUUUUUUAUUUUUUUGCGCUCAAAAAAAUCAGGCAUGUUGCUAGACAUCAGAAAAAGUUACCACCUAAGGUCCGAAGUAAUAAUUUAUUGUUAAAGAAGAGAAAAAAAUCGUUGGUGGCAAUAUAGAUGCCGGUACCCGUUAAAGGGUUAAAUCAUUUAUGGCUUGGGGAACCGUAAUGUAUAAAUUGCUGAAAAAUUGAAGAAUAUUCGCUUCGACUGGAAUGCAAACCAUCAAUAUUGAUUCAUAGCUAAAAUAAAUAUUAACGGUAAAACUAUUUCAUAGAAAACCGCGACAUUUGAUUUGGUACCAUUACUGAAAGACUUAUUUUAGUCUUAUUUAAAAAAAAAAGGUAAUGAUUUCAUAUUAAUAUUUUCAUAUUGAUAUUUUCAUUUUUAUUCAGGAUUAGCCCUAAUGAUCGGAAGAUAUUUAAUCUACUAAUACCACUUAACUAGACAACUAACUAAUGUCUAGAUGUGUAAUGUGUUAAACUCCGUUAUUCUCAUCUCAUUUUACCAAAAUUAUCUCUUAUGUUUUCGUGAUUGUUAUUCAUACAAAAUUAAAAUGGACCAGGCGGGACAACCAAAAGAGCCUAAUGGGCCGCUGGUGGCCCUCGGGCCCAGGUUGAGUAUAGCUGGUGUAAAUGUUUACCCUUGACGAACUCCAGUUUCAACUCUUCUACUACGGCUCUCCAGAGCAGAAAGUAAGACGUCGUAGCUUUCGGUGGUGCACUGUUUAUUUCUACAGGAAGAACCACUCUACUUAAACUUUUAAACUAUUUCAGCAAUUGUAUUUUUGCUUAAUUGGACGAUAUCAGCAAGUUAACGGUUGCUUCUACCGGUGGCAUGAUGUUCUAUUAUCAGUUUCCGGACACUCAGAAAAAUUUUGGGCAACUAACACCAACUUUGAUCACGAAAUACAAAAAACUGUAUACGAUGUUUACAUUCGAUAGAGUGACAUGAACGGCGUAAUACACAUCAAAAUGGGACUAAGCAUAUUUGGGUUUAUUCGGGUGGAUAAACUUUUUUUGCAUGUUUUGCUUUCGUUUUUAGAUUCUCACGACACAACUCUUUAAGAUAAGGAUAAUUUCAAGCUCAUUUGAUUAAAGAACACUAUAAAAAAUUCGAAACAAAAUUAAAACAGCCGAAUAAUCAUCCCAGUUUUAAACAAAAAACAGAACAAUUGCAAAUUACGAACAGGGGUGGUUUUUUUACAUACUGAAUAUUUGUGUGAAGUUGGUGGAAUUUUGCUGCAUGUCACGAUCAUCUUCAACUUGCCUUGACUAGUCUUGUUGUUGUCAUUCUGAAAAGCGGAAGUUCUCUAACGGUUCGCUUCACAUAUCUUUGUUGUGUUUUUUCAGCUGGUGUUCAAAUACAAAAGUAGAUUUCAACGUUCGAACGAAUUUCUGUUCACUAGGGAUGAGUAACAAUGAACAGUAAUCGAUAUAUGUAGCCGAUUUAUUGUGAAUCGCCUUCUUCGCAACUGAUUCAUAUCAAGGAAAUUCUAACUGAUACGAAAUAAUCUGAUUUCAACAUAGUUUGGAGCUCCUUCAUUCAUAAUAAUUUAUAUAAUUCACAAUUAUUUAUUUCAUCAAUUGUAUGAUUUGGAUCACGUUUAGUUAACCUUUCGAUGUGUAAGCAGAAACAGGAUUAUGAUACGUAUCUAUACAAAGGUUUAUUCCGUAGCUGACGACAAAGCGGAAAAUAGAUAAUCAGUAUUAAUUUUCCCAUCCCACUGUCAGUGAUUAAACGCAUAUGAGCGCAAAAAAAAAGAAACCAGACAGAAUACAAGACGUGUCCCAAUUUUUCCUAGUCCAGAAAUCCUACCCAUUAUAACUAAAACAGAUUAAACGAGGUUUGAGCUUGUGAUACACUUUAGCCGCGCGAUCCGGAGACGGAAAAUGUGCUUUCAUCACCGAGAAAACAGGAGGAGGAACGGGUUGACCUAACUCUGCCUGGCAAAGCGGAACUCAAAACAAUCGUCACUGCGAUAGCUUAGCGCGCAACAUUGCAGAAAUAAAAAAGAUAUAAUAAAGUAUAGAGUUUGGAACAGAACACCACUUAUAUAUUACCUUAGGCCAAAGAUUUGGUUUUAGUGAGAAACACACACCCAGAGAAUAUUUAGGAUUUUAAGAGAGAUGGAACAAGUUACUCCAGCAAAAAAAAAUCGAAUCUAGUCACAGUAGGUAGUGAUUUCGCUCAAACGAGUCACAUAAUUAUAUUGACAAAGCAACCAAAACAGAUUUUAGCUUUUCAGAAUAAUCAGUUGAAACUAUCGAGUCCUGCCAGAGAGAGAGAGAGAGAUUAUAUAGAGCACACAUCACGAUGCGUUCCGGCUGCCACAAAUGGUAACAACUUAGACAUUCAAGCAUUGAAAGCAAAUAGAGAAUAGAGACAAGAAAUACAUAAACGAUAGAGUCGCCGUCGAAGUUUAAAUCUAGACUAUAUAAUAUUAGGAUGGUCCGAAGCAUAUAUUUUUGAUAUUUAGCAGUUACAAAUUAUAAACCGAAAAAAACGCUAAUUACUGGAAACUAUUACUCGAACGUAUCAUUUCGCAUCAUCAUCAUCGAUAUAUUUAACAAAAUGAAAAAGACACAAUGAUGCGAAUAGAAGCACGUAGCACGUAAGACAACAUUUCGCCUUUUGCAAGAAACACGACAAAAAACAUACAAACGAGAACAACACGCAACAAUAACAGUAGAACUAACUAGGCAGCAGAUUGCACCCAAGAUUCGAUUUUAAAGACACAAGAUUUGAAGCACAAAGAAAGAUAUAAACCGUUCACUCGUUACAGCCUUCGUCCAAAAGUAGGUCGUUACAAAAAAAAAGUUUGCAAUCGAUUUUAAAAAUCUACAGUAAUGAUAGGCUUUUUAUCACUCGAUAGAUGCCUGCGGAAAAACUAGCGGAUGUUUUUACAAUCGAUCCCUAUUCAGCUAUCAUAGUCAAUAGGAACCAAUUUUGCGUUGAUUUGUUUGUUGUCGGUAUGUAUAACGUUUUUCCGCCGAUCCUUCACCGCGCUCGAUUACUGCUAAAUAAUACCGUUGAGAACUCUUACUCAUCAUACGAUUUGCUCUUUUGAUACUGUUUGAUUGGAACUUGUAUAAGGAACACUCCGCGCAAACCCUCCCAAACAUGCGUACUUCGCGUACUUAAAACAUCGCAAUACUGAAUUGAAGUGAAAGCGAAAAACAAGGAGAAAUAUUUCAAUAAAACUUUACUGAUGAUACAAUACCAACCCGUAGAUUGGAUUGGCU